UGCACAGAAAACUGCUUCCUGGGACGGCCAUUACUCCUCCUAGUUUUUGUUCAUUGUUUCGAAUUAUGACAUACAUGACUUUGUUGCAGCGCAUUGAGCUGGAGAGAGGAAAACGGGAACCCGGAGAAAUCACGGAGCUGAAUUUGGACAACUCAAAAUCCGUGGAUAUCGAAGGUCUCACGGAUGAAUAUUCGUCCUUAGAGGUCUUGAGCAUGAUGAACGUUGGUCUUCAAAGUUUGGCUGGUUUGCCUUGUCUUACCAGCUUAAAAAAUCUUGAGUUGUCGAAUAAUUUGAUAUCUGGUGGUCUUGACGCUCUGCUCAAAUGUCCCAACAUUGAGCAACUUAAUCUAAGUAGCAAUAAGAUUGAAUCAAUGGAUGUAUUGAUUCCACUGGCUAAGCUAUCCGAACUCAAGAGUCUGGACCUCGGGAACUGUCCUGUCACCGCUACGGAGAAUUACCGUAAAAAGGCUUUUGCGAUGAUCCCCUCUUUAAAGUAUUUGGACGGUCUUGAUGAGAACAACGAGGAAGAAGUGUUUGGAAACGAUUUUCUGAAUGGAGGUCUUGACGAAGAGGCGGACGGUGUCGAUGAAGCUGAUGAAGAGGAUGAGGAAGGAUCUGAUGAGGAAGACGAAUGUGACGACGAAAUCGGCAUUGAAGCCCUUCAACAAAGUGGUGAACUUGAAGAUGACGAAGAUGACUAUGCUCCAGGUAAGUAUUGUUAUUAAAUGCUUAAUUUCUUGCGAUACCCACUCAUAUUAACUCGACGUUUUUUGUUCUCUCUUAUAGGCGAAGAUGAGGAAGCGGAAUUAGAUGAUUACGACGAUGUGGAUGAUGAAGAUGAAGACGAGGUGGAGGAAGACAACGGAGCUAACCUUUCGGCUGCCAACGUGAGUGGACCUCGACGUCCCGGCACCAAGCGGCGUCAUGAUGACAUUCAAGAUGGAAAAAAUGGGGAUAAAGCAGAGCACUGUGGAACUAAGCAUAAGCACGUUGAAGAUCGCGUGGAGACUCACGUUGAAAACGGAUCAACUGCGGAUGAUUAGACAGUUGAUAUAAACUUCAUUGUUCUUAUUUAGGCCAAAUUCCUAUUGUAUAUGUUAUGUUCAUGUUCAUCUUUUAUGUUUAACCACAAAUUCACCCAAAAUGAACUAUGUAUUUGUACAGUACAUUUGCUGACAUUUUUUUCGACAACACAUAAUUCAGUGUUAGCUAAUGCAUUUACUCAUUUGUAAUACUUUAUUACAUUGUUAAAUUUUCGAAGCAUCUUUUUAACUAAAAUCUAUCCAUAUUUGUUGAGUUUUAAUCAUUACAAAUUGAAUUGUCAUCUUAAUAAUCAGUCUAUUACUUGCUUGUCUGACCUGCAUAGUCCAGAUAACGUUUAAAAAAUGAGCAUGAAUUUCUAAGCCCACGCACCAAGACUCAACUGGUAAUUCAUUUUGGUAGAUUGAUGUAGUCUUGGUGUUUCGAGAAGU